GACCCGCUGAUAGGCUUGACACAGCCGACUAUUCCGCUGGGGCGAACACAAUGAUGUGGGUUAAAUGGCAGGUAUCAUCUUUGAUGCGCCAAGUCCUCGAGGCUCUCGCAUUCAUCCAUGCCAGGCAUAUUGUGCAUCGUGAUGUAAAGGCAGAAAACUUUCUCUUCGUGGACAAGCAUGAUAAAAGCCGGUUGAAGCUAUGCGAUUUUGGUGCGGCUGUUAACCUACGAACUACAGUUAAAGGGCUGGCUGAAGGGCGUGUAGGAACACUAUCGUAUGCUGCUCCUGAAAUAUAUCUCUCAGAGGGUGCUGACACGAGGAGUGAUAUGUGGUCCGCUGGAGUUGUUCUCUAUGUGAUGUUGUGUGCAGCGUCUCCUUUCCGGCAGUCAGGCGACCGUUCUACAAAGGUCGUUGUGCAUCGCGUCAAGACCGGCAGCAUCAUCAAGAACAGGCCCGCAUGGCAAAAUCUCAGUGAAGCUGCUGUGGAUCUCGUUAGGCGGCUUUUAGUUGUGGAACCGUCUCGGCGUCUUACAGCUGCAGAGGCACUACAUCACCCUUUCGUUCUAGCAUCGUCCCCUUCUAUUACACCCCGUACACUAACAAUCGCCGGAAGACACAAGUUGGAUCGGUACUUAGCUUUCCCACUCCAGAGGAAGGAACUACUUCGCGCUGCUGCGAGGCUUGUUCCCGAAUCCCAGCUUGGGGAGCUAUCACGAAUCUUCGCGAUAGCGGACUCGGAUCAUGAUGGACGUGUCGAUCUUGGAGAGCUCAACUUCCUUGUGGAGGAGUCUGCAUCCGGCUCGUCCACUCUUGGAACUGCUUGUGUUCGAGCGUGCGGCAACGGAAGUGCCACCUUGGAUUACUUAGAUUUCAUCAUCGCGAUUGAUGGAGCGAUAAGCCGGGAUAUGCUGAGCCUGUCAUCAUCUGCAAUAGCCCGCUCAUCUAUAUCAUGCAGAUUCCCGUUGGAUGUGACAAGUGCUCGACAAUAUGCUCAAUCGAGUCAGGAUACCUGAGGAGCACGGGUUGCGAGUAUGACACCACAUGUUACUUGCAGAUAAUUUAGUUGAGAUACAUAAAACAUCAAGUUGAUGACAUGAACGAAGUUUCGUCACGUAUGUGAUUCUCUUAGUGUCGGGUGUAUCGCGGUUGAGCACACGCUCAUGGUAGUUGUCUUCUGAGGAGCUUUUAUCACUCCUCUCUGUGUGA